ACGCCCAGAGGUGAUAGGACAGACUUUAUUAUGACCCCCUCGAGAGUGAAGGGCCUCUGUGGGGCUUCCCGCUUCCCAUUAUGUGCGGGCACGAGGAAGGGGAGAGGAAAGGCCACGUCGGGGGUUGCCGUGACACUCUUCUUAGCUAAUGGGUCCGCAUAUCCGUUUCUGUUUCUUUUAAAAGAUAUGAUGAGAAAAAAAAAUUCCUCCCUCCAUGUGGCGGGAACAUGACAGGAACAAGGAGCUCUCCUGACAGGGCUGGGGUGCAGGGGCUGAGGCUCGGCUCUUUCGCACCUCUCGCUCUGGGUGCUGGGCCCUGAGUGGUCGGUGAGCAACACAUUGCGGCCCUCACUCAGGACAUACAGAGAGACGCCCACGGCCAGCGACCCAGCUUCUUGUGGCUACUUCUCCGAAUUCCAAGCCCAGGUGCCCACUUUGCCCUGGAAGGGCUUCCUUAUCUUGAGUUGAACAUGGCAGGUGUCUCCGGUCCUAGCCGAACCCUGGUGACUCUUGGGUGUAUUCAUGUCCCUCUCUCCUCUCUGUCCUGUCUUCUCCACCUCGUCUCUGCAGGUUCACCUGCUGAAGGACCAGCUGGCUGCUGAAGCGGCCGCGCGGCUGGAGGCUCAGGCCCGCGUGCACCAGCUCCUGCUGCAGAACAAGGACAUGCUCCAGCAUGUGUCUCUGCUGGUCAGGCAGGUGCAGGAGCUGGAGCUGAAGCUGUCAGGACAGAAUGCUAUGGGCUCCCAGGACAGCUUGCUGGAGAUCACCUUCCGCUCCGGAGGUCUGCCCGUGCUCUGCGACCCCACCACCCCGCAGCCGGAGGACCUGCCCUCGCCGCCCCCGGGUGCGGGCCUGGCCGAGCUGGCCCACCCCGCCGGCAGCCCCCUAGGUAGGCGCGACUGCCUGGUGAAGCUGGAGUGCUUCCGCUUCUUGCCGCCGCCCGCGGGCCCGCUGCUGGGCGGCCUGGAGCUCCUCAAGUUCCGCGAGUCGGGCAUCGCCUCGGAGUACGAGUCCAACACGGACGAGAGCGAGGAGCGCGACUCGUGGUCCCAGGAGGAGCUGCCACGCCUGCUGAACGUCCUGCCGAGGCAGGAGCUGGGCGACAGCCUGGACGAUGAGAUCGCCGUUUAGGGCGGGCCGGGCGCAGGGGCCGGAGG